AUGCCCAAGUCCCCAUCAAGAACUUCUAAGAAGAAAAAGUACAACGCCCGUUUUCCACCGGCAAGAAUCAAAAAGAUUAUGCAGACCGAUGAAGAAGUGGGGAAGGUUGCAGCUGCUGUUCCAGUUAUCAUAUCUCGUGCAUUGGAAUUAUUCAUUGAAUCCUUGAUUACAGAGACCUCAAAGACAACGGCAAUAAAAAAUGCAAAGACACUUUCUACAUCUCACAUAAAACAAACAAUAGAAACGAACAAGCAGUUUGAUUUUUUGCGUGACUUGGUGGUGAAUGUGCCGGAGCACCAAGUAGAGGACAAUAAUGGAGAUAUUGUCACACAUGUUGCAGAAUCUGCUGGCAAGAAGGGACGUGGCAGGCCACGAAAACCAAAGGAUAUGAAAGAAGGAGACAGAACUAGAGGAGAAUCAUCGAAAACCUCGUCACAUACCUCAGAAGAAGAAGAUGAUGAUGAAGAUGAUGAAGACACUGAAACGGAUGAAGAAUAUUCCGUAACAUCAACCAUAUGUUCUUCUUUAGCUCCAUCAACUUCCUCAUCAGCGCAGAAUUUUCAGGAAAAUGUACAGAACAAGCUUAUUAUUCAGUCUUCCUUACCUGCUAUGGCUCAUUCAGGAUCAAAUAGAGUAUUGGAUCAUCCUCUGAAUCAGCAACCAGGCAUAGCCCACUCCUUCAACAACUCAGCAGUGACAGGUCUCCCACAGCUGUCGCACCAGCAGCAACAGUUCACAGGCUCAGGUAUGCUCCCCAACAAUAUGCCACACUACCCUCCUUAUGUACCCAGAACACCUCAAGGAAUUACCAGCUACCCUGUCCCGCCCUCAUUCCCCAGCUCUUAUCAACCUACAAUGCCUUCACCUCAGCACUCGUUUCAGCUGCCGGCACACCAGAAUCAAGGGUCACACCCGCUGCCGGACUAUCCGCAGUUCCACACGCUGUCACCUGUCAGUCAGUCACAAAUGCAGCCUCAGCCUAUGAACCUUACCUACUCAUCAUGGGCAGCCACCGCGACAGUGAGUGAAAAUGAUGAUUAUGAUACGUGA